GAAGAAAGGGGGGCUAAAGGAGGGAAAUAGGAAUAGCAAUAUAGUAUAAAAAGCAGCAUAUUCCUGAAACAACUCAUUCUAAAACACCUUUCGGUCUCUUCACGCUCAUCGACCUUCUUCUUCAUUGCUCUCUGCGUUGAAGAGCACAUUACUAGGGUUGCCGUUGAAAACCGUAUCUUCUACCAACAAGGCCAAAAUGCAUUCCAGUCACAUCCUUCUCGAGGAACCCAUUCGCAUGGUUUCAAUCCUUGACCCAUCCAAACCCAGCUUUUUCCCUGCUAUGACAAAGAUCGUUGGUACUCUGGGUCCUCAAUCUCGCUCAGUCGAGGUUAUUUCUCAAUGUCUUGUAGCAGGAAUGUCCGUGGCGCGUUUCGACUUUUCUUGGGGUGACCCUGAAUAUCACCAGGAGACUUUGGACAAUUUGAAGACUGCUAUUAAGACUACUAAGAAGCUCUGUGCUGUUAUGUUGGACACUGUUGGUGCAGAGAUGCAGGUUGUUAACAAAAGUGAGAAGUCCAUCUCGCUUGAGGUUGAUGGUCAGGUUGUUUUGACUCCUGACCAGGGACAUGAAGCUUCUUCGGAAGUACUGCCUAUCAAUUUUGAUGGACUAGCUAAGUCUGUGAAAAAGGGAGAUACCAUUUUCGUCGGUCAUUACUUGUUCACAGGAAGUGAAACUACGUCUGUAUGGCUAGAGGUAGCUGAAGUUAGAGGGCUGGAUGUUGUUUGUACCAUAAAGAACUCAGCAACAUUGGCUGGGUCAUUGUUCACAUUACAUGCCUCUCAAGUUCAUAUUGACUUGCCUACCCUCACUGAGAAAGACAAGGAGGUUAUAAGCACCUGGGGGGUGAAAAACAAAAUUGAUUUUCUCUCAUUGUCAUAUACCAGGCAUGCUGAAGAUGUUCGCGAGGCACGUCAAUUCCUUUCUAAAUUAGGUGAUGUUAGUCAGACUCAAAUUUUUGCGAAAAUUGAAAAUGUUGAGGGUUUGACCCAUUUUGAUGAGAUCCUACAAGAAGCAGAUGGUAUUAUACUUUCUCGUGGGAAUUUGGGCAUUGAUCUUCCACCCGAGAAGGUAUUUUUAUUUCAGAAGUCUGCCCUUUACAAGUGUAAUAUGGCUGGGAAACCUGCUGUGCUUACACGUGUUGUGGAUAGCAUGACUGGCAACUUAAGACCAACUCGUGCAGAAGCCACUGAUGUUGCUAAUGCUGUUUUAGAUGGAAGUGAUGCAAUACUUCUAGGUGCUGAGACUUUACGUGGGUUUUAUCCUGUUCAGACCAUUUCUACUGUUGGCAAAAUUUGUUCUGAAGCUGAGAAAGUUUACAAUCAAGACCUUUAUUUUAAAAAGACAGUCAAAUAUGUUGGAGAACCAAUGACCCACUUGGAAUCUAUUGCGUCCUCUGCGGUACGAGCAGCUAUUAAGGUGAAAGCUUCUGUUAUCAUUUGCUUCACUUCAUCUGGAAGGGCUGCAAGAUUGAUAGCAAAGUACAGACCAACAAUGCCUGUUCUCUCUGUUGUGAUCCCUCAACUUAAGACAAAUCAGCUAAAAUGGAGCUUUAGUGGAGCUUUUGAGGACCAACUACCAACUGAUUUGUGGGAAUGCUUGUUUACAACUACUGCAAGACAAUCACUUAUUGUAAGAGGUCUCUUUCCUAUGCUUGCUGAUCCCCGACAUCCUGCCGAGUCAACAAGUGCCACAAAUGAGUCUAUUCUGAAGGUAGCCCUUGAUUAUGGAAAAGCAUCAGGAGUUAUAAAGUCACAUGAUCGAGUGGUUGUUUGCCAGAAAGUUGGUGAUGCAUCUGUGGUAAAGAUUAUCGAGCUUGAAGAUUAACUGCACUCAUUCCAAUACAGUUUAGGCUUUUCUUUUUUGUCCUUUUAGGAUAUCACUAAGUUUUGGGGUUGUGUACUUGUGUUAUCUCCACUGUGUUUGGUGGCUGGUUAUAUUUUGUGUAAUGAAAAUGAAUGUUGGGUGAAUGACUACUGGAUGUUGGCACACAAAAUCGAAGGGAAUUUGUCCUUGGUGCCAAUUUUUUGGAAUUGGAUUGCCUACAAUCCAAUCAAUUACCACACUAACUUUCUGAUAUUUGAACGGUUUAGAUUCCCUUAACUGUAUUCAAGGUUAUUUUUAAUUAUAAAAUUAAAUUAAGCAUUUGUUUCUUGUC